CAAUGCAAAUAUAUUCUUACAUUCAUAAAGAGAUAAGACCCUCACAUGAUUUUUGCCUAGUAAAAAUUGUAUUAGAAAAAGUGUGUUAAAUAGUGAGUUGGUAGUAUUUCUUAAGGCUGUGUUUGGAAACUUAGGAUUUAUUUCAAACAUGCUGCUACAAAUUCCAAAAAGUUUGGAAACUUUGGCUUUAUUUUGAAUGCAUUGGAUGUACUCGCGGAACACAUAUAAGAGCUAGCACCGAAAUGUAUGCUUUUUGUCGAUGAUAUAAUUUUACUUGGAGAGUCGAAAGAGGAUUUAAAUGAGAGGUUGGAGACGAGCUUUAGAAACGGUUGGACUUUCCGCCUUAAUUGCGGUCUGCCCCUAGUCGCCUUAAUUGCGGCAUUUGGCUUGCCUCAUCGCAGCCCCCAACACCUUCAUUGUGUUGACUUUGAAGGGAUGAAUUUAGUCUCACAUUGCUUAGAGAUAUGACAUGUGUUGUGUUUAUAAGUGGGGGCAAUCCUCACCGUACAAGCCGGUUUUGUAGGGAGGAGUUAGGCCUAAUCCAAAUUCUGAGAGAAACGCAUGAUUUUCACCUAAGCAGAAAGGGGUGGCAAAACGGGCUCGGCCCGCAGGCCAUGCCCGUUUUACCCGUCAUUUUUGGCGGGUCGGGCCAAGGAUUUAGGCCCUCACCCUCAAAUGUGUCCGCCCCGCCCCGCCCCGUUUUUUUCGCGGGCUUUUGCGGGCACGUGUAUUUACAUAAAUUUUUGUAUUUUUAGGCUUAAAGAGUGCAGUGCCCGCGGGCUUUCCCCGCACCGCCCUCACUUUUUUGCGGGGCGGGUCUAAGUUUUAGGCCCACAUCCUCAACUAUGACCGCCCCGCCCCGCCCCGUUUUUUUGCGGGCUUUUGCGGGGCGGGCCUAAACGGGGCGGGCAUGCCCGUUGCCACCCCUAAGCAGAACUAAGACGGAGUGAGCGGAACGUAAGUUCAACAUUAGAAGAAGCGUUUCUAACCUAGUGGUGAAAGUUGGAGACCAUAUCAUCCCUCAAGUCACAUGAUUUAAAUAUCUUGAAUUUGUAAUACAAAAUGAUCGAGAAAUAAAAGGGGAUGUAAACCAUCGAAUUCAAGUUGGGUGACUGAAAUGGAAGAGGGUUUCAGGGGUUUUAUGUGACGCAAAGGUACCGCUCAAAUUGAAGGGAAAAUUUUAUCGAACUGUGGUAAGACAUGCGAUGUUGUGCGAAACAGAAUGUUGGGCGGCUAAGAAUCAAAACGAGAAUAAAGCAAGUGUAGCAGAGAUGAGGAUGUUGCGUUGAUGUGUGGUAAGACUAGACAGGAUAGGAUUAGAAAUGAGAAUAUUAGAGAGAGUGUUGGGGUAACAUCUAUAGUAGAGAAGAUUGUGGAAAAUAGACUUAGGUGGUUUGGACAUGUAGAGAAAAGACCGGUAGAUUUUAUAAUAAGGAGAGUAGAUUAGAUAAAGAGAAGUCGAACAAUUAGAGGAAGAUCUAGAAAUACUAUAAGAGAAGUUAUUAAGAAAGAUCUCGAGAUUAAAGAUAUAGAUAGAAAUAUGGUUCUAUAUAGAAUAUUAUGGCGAAAGAUGAUCCAUGUAAUCGAUUCUACUUAGUGGAAUAAAGCUGAGUUGUUGUUGUUUAUUUAACUCAAUCAAGCAAACUUGAUUUUGAAUGCGUUGUAUUCAACUCAGUCAAGUAAACUUGAUUUUGAAUGCAUUACUGUUCGUAACUGACAAAACCAAUCCAUUGCAUUUUCUACUCCUUUUUUUUUCAUUUCAAAAUUUCCAUAAUCCUACUUUCCACUGACUCAAUCAAGAGAACACCUGUACUUCAAUAUCAAUGCAACAAGGAUUGGAGUAGUGAUGAGGGGUUUGGAUUAUUUGUAUGAGAUCAUAGGUUCAAACCUCAUUGACACCACUGCAUACAAAAAAAAAUUUCCAUUUGCAGAUGAUACAGAACUGUCUGAUGUUCCUGCAGUUUCAAAUAUUAGGCAGGAUCUAACCGAGUGGCAGGAAAAACAUGCCAAUCUUGUUCUUUCUAGUGUCAAGGAGAUUUCAACAUUGAGGUAUGAGCUGUGUCCACGUGUUAUGAAAGAGAGGAAGUUUUGGAGAAUAUAUUUUAUACUUAUGAAUAAUCAUAUUGCACACUAUGAGAAUCGGUAUAUGGAAGAUACUAAACUAAAAUCAUCUGAACGAGUUAAAGAUCAAAUAGUGAUGAAACCAUUAGAAGUUGAAUUAACCUCUAAUCAAGAAGUCAAUGAAAUGAAAAAAGAGACCAAAACAUCAAAUUCAUCACGCCAUCAAGACUUGGAUGCAUUUCUUCUGGGAGAUACAGAAGACAGUGACGAUGACCCAGACACUCACAUGGAAUGGAAGCAAAAAAAAUUGCUUCUCGACAAACAUAUUGACUUGGAAAAUGACGAUGAUGGUGGAUUUGAUGAUGACUUAGACAAACUGGGAGAAAGUUCGGAAGAUGAGAAAGAAAAGGCAUAGAAGUUUGGUUGAAAUUAUUGAGUGACAUUAUUGAAAGUGGUUGCAACAUGCCUCAGAAUAUUCAUGAUGAAACAAGCCUUCUUAAUUUGUUUUUGUGUCACACAAAACGGUGCCUGACCUGUUCCAUGAUGAUGAUCACUUAAUUUAUUGCUUGUAUAACAGUGCGAUCCAACAUUCUCCACAUUCCGAUUAACCUUAAAGAUAACAUAUUGAAUGAAGUUAAAAUGUCUCCCACUUUCUCCCAAUUACCAUAUCUUUAUUCAAUUCUUAAUCAUGUGUUUCAACUUAUUA